AUGACUCUAGAAGGCCGUGAUACCUCCGGCCAGGCGCCGGGCAAUGUAACUAUUUCACGCGCCAGGGAUUAUUUCGCCGUUCCUGCUCCGAUCAAGCGCAUCUUUGAUCAAUUCCCUCUCGUCACUUAUUCUCCCAAUGACCUUCCUCAACGUGGUGCCUCGAACCGGACUGGAAAUCGGUUAUUUGUAUUUACAGAUGCAGCGGGUGCGAAAAGUCACAAACCCUCAUUCAAUCCGCAGUGUCUCAAAUGGCAGGCAUACUUAAGAUUUGUCGGUAUCGAUUUUGAUAUUGUUCCUUCAAAUAAUCAUGCAUCACCAACCGGCGCUCUUCCCUUCCUCCUCCCGGCCCUUCCAGUCAACAACAACACCCCGAUACCUUCCAGCAAACUACAAAAGUGGGCCAUCGAACAAGUCCACUGCGAAGAGGAACAGCAAUUGAACUUGCGGUUCGAGGUAUAUGCAUCAUUAUUGGAUCAUCGGAUACGGAAUGCUUGGCUGUAUACCCUAUAUCUAGACAAUGAGAAUUUUAGUGCCGUAGCCCGCAGGCUCUACGUGGAUCCCUCGACUAAAAAUUCGCUGGUACGCGCUACUUUAGCCGUUCAGCUUCAGCAGGCCGCAAGGGAUGAGCUUCUGAAGACUUCCCAAUAUAUUGAUGUCAGCGCACUGGAAGCAGAGGCAGACGAUGCGUUCGAGGCUCUCUCUACGCUUCUAGGCAGCAAUGAACACUUCUUUGAACGAUCUAGUCCAGGCUUGUUUGACGCCAGCGUCUUCGCUUAUACGCACUUGAUUUUAGAUAAGGGAAUGGGAUGGAAGCGGAAUAGGCUGGCAGAGCUGCUGCAAAAGCAUGAAAAUCUUGUGCAGCAUCGGGAAAGGUUGCUAAAAUACUUUUAG